AUGGAGUUGAUGAACAGCAUUUUCUGCCCGUUGGGAGAUAUAAUUCCAUUUCAGGUUGGCAAGUCGCGCGACACCGGCUCAUCCUUCUUAAGCGACGGGCUUCCUGUGAUAAUAGUGGCCGUUGUCUGUCUGGUUCUCCUUGCAUCUGCCAUAGCCCUUGUAGUGAGAAAAAGAAAGCUAGACGAAAAAGCAGACGCCGAAAGAAGGACUAGAAGACGAAGGCAGCCCAGGUCUAAAGAAGGUCAAUCCAAAUAUGCGUCGAUACAAGGGCCGGUGGACAUUACAAAGGGAAUGGAUUCUGCUGAGAAAGCCUUAGGAUCGAAAGAGCCUGGAGCAAAGGGCAGUAUAGAAAAGUCAAAGGAAGGUGUUGGUUUCAAAGGGUUUGAAUCCAAGGAGAAAUCACCCGAAUCAAAGGAAGGAACAGCAUCCAAAGAAGGUGAAGCCAAAGAGAAGGCAGCGAAAUCAAAGGAAGGAGCUGCAUCUAAAGAAGGUGAAGCCAAAGAAAAAGCAAAAUCAACGGAAGGGACGGGUUCGAAAGAAAGCGAUUCCAAGGAUAAGAAGAAGGGCUCGAAAGAUUAG